AUUAAAGUGUAAAUAUUUAUUAUAUUCUUAAUAAACGUGAAAUUUCUAGAAAAUCUUGAUUCUAAAUAAUUAAGAUGAUAUGAAAAAUAUCAAAAAUCUCAAAGAAUAUGACAUGCGAGCUAGUGAUAUAACUCAUCUUUUCAACUGUUAAUUUUUUUUAUUCAACACAUUUAUCGUAGCUAAUUGUAAUAUAAAAUAAACAUAAAAUCUUUGGAACGCAAUAGGUGGCGCUAAUUAAUGGUCCCAACUCACACUUAUUUAACAUGUUAAACUUUUUAUACCAUGAAAUAAUAGCAACCAAAUCUAAUUUAAUUUUUCAACAUGCUCGUUAUAUUGUGAAGAAAAAGGAAAUUUAAAAUUUAACUUAAACCAUAAGAUGCAUGAUCAUUGAUUUGAUUGAAAUACAAAAUUGAACAUGUGUCUGUGUUUUAUAUUGGAAUUCAACGCGAAGACCAUUCGACAAAGACUCUCCCAAGUAAUUGCAGUUGCCACCACUUACCUGGUCGGCUGGUCCCUCCACCACUUAUUAUAUAUCACACAACUUUACUACAAAACCAUACGUAUUUUUUCUUUUUCAAAUGGAUCAUGUAGAUGAAGAGAUCGAGAUCCCUAACUACUUUCUCUGCCCUAUUUCACUAGAGAUUAUGAAAGAUCCAGUCACGGCCGUUUCUGGCAUCACAUACGACCGUCAAAGUAUCGUUCAAUGGCUAGAGAAGGUCCCAUCUUGUCCCGUGACGAAGCAGCAUCUUCCUUUAGACUCCGAUCUUACGCCUAACCAUACGCUUCGCCGUCUGAUACAACACUGGUGUGACGAGAACGCGACGCGUGGCGUUGCUAGAAUCCCUACGCCUAGAGCUCCUCCAGGGAAGCUUAACAUCGCCGAGGAGAUCAAGAAUCUCAAAAAGUUUGUAGUAGAAGCCUCAGGAAGAGAAGAUACGUUGAAGAAGCUUGAAGUUUUGGCGAUGGAGGGAGAGACAAAUAGGAUAAUGAUGUGUGAAGCAGGCGUACAUAGUUCUUUGAUCUUGUUCGUAGUCAAGUGUACUCUUGAAGAAGAAGAGGAGGGACAACAUCUCAAAGGACACGUAGAUGAAUCUCUACGUCUUCUUCACUUGAUCGGUGUUCCAUUAAACGACACAAGAACAAUCUUGAUCGAAAACGAUCAAAUUUUGGAAUCAUUGACUUUGAUCUUACACCAACAAGACUUCAUCAACAAGGCUUACACAGUCGUUCUCUUGAGGAAUCUAACGGGAAAUGCUUCCUCUCAUAUCGUCGAGAGGUUCGGUGCCGAGAUGUUGAAAGGGAUCAUAGGUUUUCUCAAGGAUGUUGUAAUAAGUAGUUUCGAUCUCACUAACGCUAGCGUGAGUGCUACGUUACAACCAUCAAGUUCUAGCGUGAGGUCGAAACUUGAUCGUAGCUUGGUUAUUAAACGUGGUGUGGCUGCGGCGCUGAUGAUUCUUCUAGAGACCUCUUCUUGGAGCCAGAACCGAACCAUCCUCGUGGAUCUUGGCGCGGUUUCUCAACUCAUCGAACUCGAAAUAAGCUACAGCGGCGAGAAGAGAACCACUGAACUUCUGUUGGGAAUCUUGUCUCGUUUAUGUUGUUGCGCAGAUGGUAGAGGCGAAAUGCUUGCUCAUGGAGGCGGAAUCGCGAUUGUGACAAAACGGGUAUUGUGGGUUUCGACUGCAGCAGACAAUAGAGCACUCUCUAUCCUAAGCACACUGUCUAAAUUCUCGCCGGAGAACGAAGUAGUGAACGAGAUGGUUUGUGUCGGGACGGUGGAGAAGCUUUGUUCGGUCCUGAGAGUGGACUGUGGUUUGAGCUUGAAGGAGAAAGCGAAAGAGAUACUUGGAGAACAUUUUGAUGAUUGGAAGAAAUUUCCAUGCAUUGAUGUACCUCUGCUUACUAAGCUUCUAAGCUCUUAGAGCAAUAAUUAUAGGUAGAGAGAUACAUCACUAACUGAAUUUAAUACAAUGAUUCAUCCUUGUCUUGGUCUAAUUAAGCAAAUAUAGUUUCUCCAGUGUCAAUAAUUGUAUACGUCAAAUAAACACAAACACCAUACUAGCAUUUUGAUUUCAAGAUCAAAAUUCAACAAAAUUAAAAGUU